AGCCAAGAUGUUGACAGGGGACUCUGGGGGUUGCAAGACUCCCAGACUCACUGACUGCCAGAGUUCCUUCCUCCAAAGCCCAGUCACAUAAAUCCUGAGCCCCCGGGAAAGAGAAGAAGGUCGAUUUCAGAUACCCCCCAGCCCCGCCUCUUCCCCCACCCGCCCAGCUUCCUCUCUCUAUGAGGAACACUUUCACUUCCUGCUCCUCCCGGCCUCCCUUCAGAGAACAGAGGCCAGGCCAUGGCUUGCUGGCCUCCUGUGUCCUGAGGAUGGCCCAGCUGGAAGACGAGGCCUCUGCAGGCCCCAUCAACGGGGAGAGAUGGGUUCCAUCACAGGUGAAUGGAGCAGGUGAGACCCCCAUAGGGGUCCUUGGGACCCCAGAGCCACUCCUUCGCCUCUGGAGGACGUGGGGGGUGUGGCAGAUCCCAGAGCUGGAUAUCCAGGAUGCAGAAGCCCUUCUUGAGCUGUGGCCUCCGGGGAGCUUCCUGGUCACGGGACAUGACCCCAGUCAGGUCCUUGUGUUGAGGACAGGAGCUUCACCAGGAGAAAUCCACACCUACCAGAUCCAGAAGCUUCCUGGUGGUGUGUCUCUGGAAUAUUCUAACCUCUGCAUGCCAGACCUGCCCCAUCUCCUGGCCUUCCUAUCAGCCAGCAGGGAUGUUUUGCCCAGAACACUGCUCUUGCCCCCUCCCACUCUAAGGCCUGGAGACCAACAUACAGGUCCCCCACAGACUGGCAGUGUCCACCUCAACGUCCCGGAAAGGGUGCUCUCCAUGGUGAACAAGCUCUAUCUGGAGACUCACGGAGGGUGGGGGAAGGAGCAGAUCCCCCCAGAGACACCUCCAGAAACUGAAGAAAGACACAGUUCUGCCCCCAGGAACCCUGCUCCUCACCGGGUCUCCUGGGUGGAAGGCCCGCUCAGUCUGGAAGUACACCAUCCUGGGCCAGACCUGGCCAGCCUGGUGGAGGAAAAAGAGAAGGAGGACGAGGAGGAGGAUGAAAACAAGGACGACUACAAAGAUGAAGAGAAUGGCCCCGAGGAUGUGCUCACCCAUCACAUCCAAGCUCUGGCCAGGGCCCGGGGCAACUAUGUGGGCAGACAGUUCCAGAGCCUUCGGGCGCGCCUCACCUCAAAUGCCAGAGGCCCCCACAGGCCUGGGGACCCGGCCACAGAGCUGCUUCAGGAUGUGCGCCACCUCCUUACUGACCUCCAGGACCACUUAUCAAAGGACCCCGACGUCAGGGCUGUUUUUGGGAGCAGGGGGCCUGGGGUCCCCCAGAAGGACUAUGAUCUUGGUACUGCGGUGGAGGCGGCUUUGUGCCGGGCGGUGCUGGCGCCGUUGAAGCCUGCCCUGUGGGCGCGACUCCGCAAACUCCGAGCCCAGGAACUGCGGCGACUGCGGCAGCGACAAAUAGCCCUGCGGGUGGGGGCGGGGCCUCCGGGAUGCCAGGGGUUGGGAUUUGAGGGGCCGGGCCCAGCCCCCGCCCUGCGCAGUCGCAUCCACGCGCGCCUGGAGCACCUCCACGCCGCCUGCGCCCCACGCCGCAAGGUGGCGCUGCUGCUGGCGGUGUGCACUGACGUUUACGCAGGCCUGACUCAGGGGGAGAACCAAGAGCCCCUGGGGGCCGACGCCUUCCUGCCUGCACUGACGGAAGAAUUGAUCUGGAGUCCACACAUUGGGGAGACGCAGCUGGACGUGGAGUUUCUAAUGGAGCUGCUGGAUCCGGACGAGCUAAGAGGAGAAGCCGGGUACUACCUGACCACGUGGUUUGGGGCGCUGUACCAUAUCGCUCACUACCAGCCGGAUGCGGGCCGCGCACCCCAGGGGCUCAGCUCUGAGGCUCGUGCCUCCCUGCGCCAGUGGCACAGCCGGCGGACACUGCACAGACAGGAUAGGCAGGACCACGCUGGAGCCCAGGUCAGCCUGCCCUUUGAGGAACCUUGGGCAAGAGACCCUGUGCCCAGAGACCAAUGAUGACGAGGGGUCUCAGACCCUCCUGCUCCUCAGGCAAGAUUCCAGGGGCCCCAGGAUGACACCAGCUUCUAACCCCUGUUGGCUUAGGUGCAGGGAGGAGGAAGGGUUCCCAGGAACAGAACCCCCUCUGGUUUGCCCCUUCCCCCUGCCCAAGAUGGCUCCUUCCUAAUUCCCAGAAUCUGUGAACAUGGCCAAAGCGACUUUACCCAUGUGACUAAAUCAAGGAUCUUGACAUGGAGAGAUUAUUUUGGAUCAUUCUGGGGCCCCAGUAUAAUCUCUUUGAGUCCUUGCAAGAGGGAGGCUGGAGGGGCAGAGUGGGAUAAAGAGACGGGAUUUUGUAAGCAGAGGGUGGAGUGAUAUGGCUGGGAAUCAAAGCAGGCACCCUUUAGAAGCUGAAACAGACAAGGGGAUUUUCCCCUGGAACAUACCGAAGACUCAGCCUUUGAUUUUAGGCCAGAAGAGCUAUUUUGAACUCCUGACCUUUAGAACUGCAAAAUAAUAAAUUUGUGGGGGUUUUGACCUGGUAAA